GCCGACCUCGCCGCCAGGUGAGGAGCCCCGCCCCUCGGCGGCUCCAGGUGCGGCGGUGGCACCUCAGGGCCGCUGGCUGGGGCCGGGGCUGGCGGCGGCCGGGGCGCCAUGGCCGAGUCCCAGCUGAGUUGCCUGGACGAGGCGCACGUGAACGAGAGGGUGACCGAGGCGCAGGCCGCCUUCUUCUACUGCGAGCGGCGGCGGGCCGCGCUGGAGGCGCUGCUGGGCGGCGGCGAGCAGGCCUACCGCGAGCGGGUCAAGAAGGAGCGGCUGCGGGACUUCCUCUCCAGCCGGGAGCGCCAGGCCCUCCGCGCCGCCUGGAGCCCCUACGAGGACGCCGCCCCCGCCGUCCGGGGCAAGAGCAAGGCCAAGGCCAAGGCCCCGGCGCAGGCCCGGGCAGAGUCCGGCGAGUCCCUGGCCUACUGGCCUGACCGCUCCGACACCGAGGUGCCCCCGCUGGACCUAGGCUGGACCGACACCGGCUUCUACCGCGGCGUGAGCCGCGUUACCCUCUUCACGCACCCCCCCAAGGAGGAGAAGGCGCCGCAUCUCAAGCAGGUGGUCAGGCAGAUGGUCCAGCAGGCCCAGAAGGUCAUUGCUGUGGUCAUGGACCUCUUCACCGAUGGCGAUAUCUUCCAAGACAUCGUUGAUGCUGCCUACAAGCGCCGGGUCCCAGUGUACAUCAUCCUGGAUGAGGCAGGAGUGCAGUAUUUCCUGGAGAUGUGCCAGAGCCUGGAGCUCACUGACUUCCGUAUUCGGAACAUCCGUGUCCGCUCCGUGACAGGUGUUGGCUUUUGCGUGCCCAUGGGGAAGGUCAAGGGCACUCUGUCAGCAAGGUUCCUGAUGGUGGAUGGUGAUAAAGUAGCCACUGGAUCUUACGGAUUCACCUGGAGCUCCUCCUACAUGGACAGGAACCUUCUCCUCCUCCUGACAGGGCAGAACGUGGAGCCCUUCGACGUGGAGUUCCGGGAGCUGUACGCCAUCUCUGAGGAGGUGGACCUGUGUCGGCAGCUGGGCCUGGCCGGCGGGGCAGGCAGGCUCAGCCUCCACUACUCCUCCACCGUGGCCCGCAAGCUCAUCAACCCCAAGUAUGCCUUGGUGUCAGGCGGCCGCCACCCGCCAGGGGAGAUGAUGCGCAGGGCUGCCCAGCAGCAGCGGGAGGCUGGCGGCCAUCCCGAGGGGCAGGAGGAGGGCGCCGGAGGGGGCGAGUCGGCCCGGCGCCUGGAGAGCUUCUUGAAUGACCUGGUCAUGCUGGAGCAGGUGCUGCCUCCCGUGGAGCCCAUCCCCUUGGGAGAGCUGAGCCAGAAGGAUGGCAAGAUGGUCUCUCACCUGCACGUGGACCUGAAACCCAAGCCCCGGGAGGGGCUUGCCCGAAACGGCAAGGGAGAAACUGCCAAUGGAGAGGCUGCCCCGGCCAAGGAGGGCAAGCGCUUUGGCAGCAGGCUUUUCAUCCGGCGGGCCAAGAGGCCGGCAGCUCCCAACGGCAUGGCCAGCUCCCUCUCCACUGAGACCUGUGCUGAAGCCGAGUUUCUGAUGGGCAAGAAGCCCAAUGAGGAUCCCAGUGCUGACGUCUCAGGUAAAGCAAGUCCCAGUUCUGCCAAGCCCAGCAAUUGCGUGAUUUCCUGAGCCACAGGACAGCAGUGGGCAGGACCCGUGAAUGCCCCAGACUGGCUGCCCACCCCCUGCCCUGUGGAGGGCACAGGACAAACCCUGCACCAGUUUGCACAUCAGACCCCUGCCAGCCUCCUGCCUGGCAGCCUCCAUUCCGGCCUGAGGGACCCUGAAUCCCAGACAGGAGGGUCCUCAGCAUCUCAAGGCAAUCACGUCUCCACAAGACGACUGUUGGCUGGGCAGGGGUCACCACGUCCUUUUUUACAUGAAGUGGAAGUUUGAAUAGUGUUGGCUCUCCUUUCUGCCCUGCUCGCUCCCUCUGCCUGGCCUAGCCCGGCCCUGUAGACCCCCAGAUGGGGUGAGAGUCGUGUCCUUAUACCUCAAUGUGAUGGGAUCUCCAGGCCCCCCCCCGGCCCCCCCACUUAUCUUUCUUUCCCUUCUCUGGGCCUCCCAGGGCUGCAGGUUCCCCCAAGAAGUUGGUGGGGUAAAAGGGAAGGGGGUGUGGCUCUGAGGCAGGGAGCCCAAGGUCCAGUCUUGCUCUGGCCUCUGAGUGCAGGGAGGAAGAUGCAGCCUGGCCAGCUGGGGCCUUCCUGGCAGAGUCCCCGCAGGCCCCUGCUCGGGAUCCAGAGCAGAGUGAGGGAAAGACGCUGCAGCCUUCCCUCAGCCAAGGGCAAGAUUUGAUGCCACCAUGUUGAGAGCCCUUCACUGAGGUCUGCUUUCCCUCUGGGUGGUUCUUGGCGUCUCGGCCCUGAGUGGUCCAGGCCUCCUUGGCUGUUGCCUGCUGCAAGUCCUGACAGGGGGUUCCUAUGGUGUCCUCACCUGGGGCUGCCCCCUCCCCUUCAUGUGCCUUGAUCUGCUACCCGAGGCCAAGGGCUGGGUUGUGGGAGGCCGGCCCCGUGGAGAGCAGUGUUCGCCCUAUUCCCUGAGAUCGUCCUGGGUCCCCUUCACCAGCCAGGACUUAUGUGCCUUCCCUGGUUCAGCCAAAGACCAGCCUUAACCUCCUGCCAAAAGUCAGGCUGUACUUAGGAACCUUGGCCUCCCUGUGUGAGGCUGGCCUGAUUGCCCCGACUCCUGGCCAGGGGAAACCAGCCCACACUGCCCCCUCCCCGCCUGUGGGGCAGGUGGGGGGCCUAGGGAGAGUUCAUGAAUGGACAAGGGAAAUGGCCAGACUGUAGACUCUGCUGAUCCUGCAUCAAGCAGAGAUGGAGGAUCCAAGCCACAAGAUGAGGGGCCGGAACACUGGUAGAAAGGACCUUUUUUCUAGCCUUUUGCUUUGUAACCAAACUUCUGUCCUCCCUUCUGGAAACCCCUGGGACACCACCAGCACCUUCGGGGAGGGGCAUACCUCUCAAGGCCGGGAAACAUGCAGCAAUACUGGCUGUGCUGUGGUAAACCAGAUGUUCCUGUUAAGAAGGCAGGAAGUGGGGGCAACACAUUGCACUCAUUUCAGGAGAAUCUGAUCUCUGGGGGUGGGGGGAGGGCAAGGAAGAGUGAGCCUGAUUCUCAGGGGCCUCCUCUGUUAAUCCUGGGGUUAGGGGGCAAGGGAUUGAGGCUCCUUACCCCCCUCCCUGAGCUUCUGUGUGGAUUAACUUCCUGGGAAGUGCUUCCUUGUGUACCGAGGCCUGGCAGUGUGGCACGUGCUCAUUCUGGAGAGGCAGGGAGCGGGGUAUGUUACACAUCUGCUCAAAGUCGUUCACAGAUUAGCCACCUCUAGAGUCUUGAAAGCAUGGGACAUAGAUGGGUGCAUUGCAGUGGGGAAGGGGACCCCCCUCAGAGUGGGGGUGGGCACCUUUGGGGUCAAAGGGGGAGGCCGGGGGAAGAGAGCAGCUUCUGAGCAAGAGAAGCAGGCCUACCUCAUCCCCUUCCCCUCUACUGACCUAAAACGCCCCGUUCCCUGCCCUGAAGCACCAGAUCAGAAGUUCCAAGUCACUGCUGCCUCAGUUUUUCCAUGUGCCCAGUGAGGUCACUCUCAUUUUCUUCAUAGAAUGAAGGGGGAAGGGGAGAGCAACUCCAUGUAGCUGGACGGGUGCUGGCCUUCAAGGCAGGACCCCGUGGGCAGGGCACUCUCCCCUCCGGCCUCGGUUUCUUCUUUCUUACAGAGGCUUGAACAAGAUGGUCUCUGACCUCCUCCAGCUCUGAAAUGCUAACAGUAUUCUUAGGAGAGAGACUAUAGUCCAAAGGUUUCUGAGGAUCUUGAAGUCAUAAAAUGGAGCUCUUAAUGUUUGCUUGUCUGCCAAAGCUCCGGCCCACUCAGCUCUGCCUCCUGGCUUUGCAGUUUUUACUCUGCCCUCUGUGCUAGCACUUGCACAUGUUUGUGAAAUAUUCUCUCUGUCAUCAAAUCUCAAGGGAACAUCUGGCGUUCCCAGUUGGAUGGCAAGUUCAAGGGCGGAUCAUGCCCUUGGUCCCUCCGUGGCAGCUUCCACAGGCUGGAAGCAUGGGAAAGGCUGCAGGAGGAACGGGGAUGAAGCAGCAGAGCACCCCAGGGCCUCGGUCUGGCGCCACCGCCCCUACCCUCC